AUGGCCCACUACACGGAACAAUUUCUUGCCCACCAGAACUACUUGGCCAGUCUACACGCACCAAACGCCGAGGAAUGGCACCGCAUUUCUGACUACCAGAAGCGCAAGGAGAUCGAGAUUGAUAGCAAAUAUCACAGCACCGAAGCUCACAAUGCAGCUACUACGAUUCAAAAAGCUUACCGUGGCCACCGUGCAAGGCGAGAACUGCAGGGUCUCGCACUGGAUCCUUCUUCACGGUGGGUGGAGAUACUCCGUGAGCUAAAGUAUCGCAAGGCUACUGCACUACACCAUGGGCCAGGCUCCCCCGGCUUGGUCGUCGUGACGAGGCGAAGAGCGCCAUCUGAUGUGGCGAAGCUCAACUGGUUCAGAGCCGGACAGGUAGCAGAGCACGCUGGCGCCGGGGCGGAUCGUCCGAGCAGUCGGCGCUCAUAUGACCCCCUGGAUCCCGGAAAAACUGAGGGAGGUGCUGAGGAGCCCCAGGAAGCCUCCGAGUCGAUGCUGAUGGACCAGAGGUACUUCUUGGAGCUUGUCGACUGGAAGCAUAGGUCGGAAAAACUCCCAAGAUGCCUCACGCAACCGCUGACCCUUCUCAUAGGUACGAACUUCUUUUCCUGGUUGGACUAUGGAGAAGGCAGAUACCUCGAUCUGCCCGGCUGCAGCAGAGCCAAGCUCGAGAAGGAGAGGAUCAGGUACCUUAGCCGAGAAGAGCGGUUGGCGUACCUAGUCGACGUGGACGACGAAGGGAGGCUCCGCUGGAACAAGAAUAGCGAGUUGAUCACCACUAGCGUGGAGGAGUACAAAGACUCCAUGCUUGGUGUGGUGCCGAAAGACGCCACAGAUGCGCCCAGCUUCACCGAUCAGGGACUGGUUCGCCAAAGAACAGAAUCUCGCCGCGCCUUUAAUGAAAUGCUUAAGACGACAAGCCGGGACGCGGAGACUGCAUCUGGGGUAUCUAGCAGUGGAGAAUCUCACUCGCCGGAUCCAGAUCGGACGGCGAGCCGCGACCACACAGCGGCAUCUGGAAAGACGGCAAGACGGAGACACCACGCUUCGCCCGCCACGAUCCUCAACCAUCUUCUGCGCGCAACGGUGAGACCUGGAACGUGGAUCUAUGUUGCCGACAGCCGCGGAAGACUCUAUGUCGGAAUCAAAUCUUCCGGAGCCUUUCAGCAUGCCUCGUUCCUUGCCGGUGCACGCAUAUCCUCCGCAGGAUCUAUUGGCAUUGACGAGGGACGGCUCGAAUAUCUAUCUCCGUUGAGUGGUCAUUACCGACCGACAACGAAGUCGUUCAAAGCGUUUAUCAACAGUCUACGGGAUCAAGGCGUGGACUUAUCACGAACGCGAGUAUCUCAUGCAUUCGAGAUAUUGCAGGGCAUAGAAGUCUACAGCAAGUCAAAGAAGAGUAUGGAGAGGGUCGUGAAAGGCAAGGAAGCUGCAGGCCGUCGCCAUAGCCCCGAUCUCGCCGAACAAUUUCACAUGAAGAUUGAUAACAUAUCAGCCACGAGUCUGGUAGAAGAGAAUUGGGAGCAUCAGCACAGAAAGCGAGGGCUGUCAAACCUGAUUGGUGAUCUGAGCCUUGGCAGGCGAGGUCUAGAUCGAGCUGAAGGCAGCUAA